AGCUUGCGAGGCAGCUUGGGCGGCAGCUUGGGCGGCAGCUUCGGCGGCAGCUUCGGCAGCAGCUUGGGUGGCAGCUUCGUCGGCAUUUUCGGCGGCCUCUUGAGCGCCGUCCUUGGCGGUGGCAGUGUCGACGGCGGCGGCUCCCAGGAUGAAGUGCAAGCCGAACCAGACCCGGACCUAUGACCCCGAGGGCUUCAAGAAGCGCGCCGCGUGCCUGUGCUUCCGUAGCGAGCGCGAGGACGAGGUGCUGCUGGUGAGCAGCAGCCGCUACCCGGACCGCUGGAUCGUGCCGGGCGGGGGCUUGGAGCCCGAAGAGGAGCCGGGCGGCGCGGCGGUGCGCGAGGUGUACGAGGAGGCGGGAGUCAAGGGGAAGUUGGGCCGGCUGCUGGGCGUCUUCGAGCAGAACCAGGACCGCAAGCACCGGACCUACGUGUUCGUGCUCACCGUCACCGAGCUGCUGGAGGAUUGGGAAGACUCGCUGAGCAUCGGCAGGAAGCGGGAGUGGUUCAAAAUCGAAGAUGCCAUCAAGGUCCUGCAGUGCCACAAGCCCGUGCACGCCGAGUACCUGGAGAAGCUGAAGUUAGGAGGCUCCCCGAUCAACGGAAAGCCCACGGUUCGGGCCCCGUCCCCACCGAGCAAGCCCUAGUGAAUGGAAUAAAUGUUGUUCAGAUUUACUUUGAAAGAAUCAAGUAUGUGAACCCAAUGAAUGGAAUUGUGAAGCACAGGUGAGCUCUUUGACAUCCCCAAGGACACAGCUCAUCCUAUGCUUUUGGACACUUCUUUCCUGUUAGUAACAAUAGCUGUUCUUCAGGUUGUUGCACUACCACUGUAUCUGUACAGAAUUAUAUUCGGUACCUGUGGCCAUUUUGUGCUUUUAUGAUUAUGUGUUUGUAUUUCCCACCAGAUAUGACCUUGAAUGCAAAGAACUUGCUUUCUUAGUCCUUUUAUAUAUCUAGCAUACAGGACAUCACUUGAUAUAUGGUAGAUAUCACUGAAUAUUUGUUUAAAUAAUUAAUAUUUUAUAAUAAUACUGAUUAGUAAAACAUCAGACAUUUCCUCUUCUAAUCUCCCUAGCAUAUAAAUGGCUUUUGUUUGUCAAGUGUCACAUAACUAUUUCAAGGCAGCUGUGAAAUAUUAGCAAAAAAUUUAACUUAAUAUGUCUUUUGUCCCAGACAUUAUGUACUUCUGAUAUUGGCUAGAAUUUUGAAUCUAAAUUUGACCAUUCCUUUGAACAUAAUUCAUAUUCUAUAGAAAACACAGGAGACAAAAAACAAAUUACUCUGUAUUACACAGAUGAGAUCAGUAGAAUCCUAACUUGGGAGACUACAGGACAAAUGAUCCAGUUUCUUUAGCAGAUAAAUUACAAGGAUGAAAUAAAGAGAUAUGGAGUAUGAACCUACAGGCUGAAAGAGGAGUGAGAUGCUUACUGACACUUGAAUGAUAUCUUAUUUGGAUUCUGAUUUGAUCAAAUUGUAAAGUCAAUUCAUUUAUUGGACAACUGGAGUAAUUUGAACAUUGUAUAUUCGAUAUUAUUAUAAUGGCAAUGUGUUUUUUUAAAUAAAUAAAAACAAGAAUUCUUACCUGCAUUAAAAUAUUUACCAAGGUGAUAUAAUGUCUGGGAUUUACUUCAAAAUUAAAAGUCUGCAUACUAAAUGUAUUGGGCAUGUUGAAACAGGAUUGGCCUUUAUGAUUGCUGAAGCUGAAUAAUGGUUAAAUUAUGGUUCAUUAUAUAUGUGUAUCUCUGCUUUUGUAUGUUUGACAUUUUGCAUAAUAAAAAAGUUCAUAAAAUUA